CAGUCUGUUGAGCAUGACUGAACAUGCAUCUCAGAGCAAUCACAUAAGAUUCGUAGGCGCCUUUGCUGGAAUUGGAAGCGGUUUAACCAAGGUCGCUGUUGGACAUGGGUUUGAUACCGUCAAAACGCGAAUGCAAUGUUCUGCGCCUGGAACAUACCAUGGCGCCUUUGAUGUGUUUCGUCAGACAAUCAGAAACGAGGGUAUCCUCGCAAUUUACAAAGGUGCAACUCCCCCGGCGGUAAUGUGGGCCGCUAUAGAUUCGCUGCUCCUGGGUUCUCUCCAUAAUUACCGCCUGUUUCUCUUUCGAAACGGCCUGACUGAGCUCAAUCCCGCGACGCAACUUCCCCGCCUGACAAUUACCGCACAUGGACUGGCCGGUCUUCUCGCUGGCUGGACCAGUACGGUUCUUGCUACCCCGAUGGAGCUUUUAAAAGUGAAAUUGCAGCUUCAAAUGCAAAGAGACCCUUCCGACCGUCAAUUUAGAGGCACGAUAGAUUGUGCCCGAAAGAUCGUCCGCACUCAAGGAAUCUUUGGCUUGUACAGUGGGUUUACAGGGAGUGUCGUUUGUCGGACUAAUUUUUGCUGGUUAUUCUUGUCUUUUGAGGCUUUCAUGCGGGGUUUUGCCAAGCUGCAGGGCACACCCUAUGAGAUAACCACAGGCUUUGCCAACUUUUUAGCGGGCGGCUUCAGUUCUUUCGCGUUCUGGAUCAUGGCCAUCCCUGCGGAUAACGUGAAAAACCGUAUGAUGGCGUAUCCUUAUCCCAAGCCAUACCCCAUGGCGCUUUCUAAUGAUGUCUUGAUGGAAAGACCAUCAUUUUUGCUUGUAACAAAGAAAAUCCUAGCCACGGAGGGAUAUCGCGGAUUUUUCCGCGGUCUUGGACCUUGCCUGUUGAGAUCUUUUCCGGUAAACGCUAGCGCACUGUUCGUAUAUGAGUCACUGCUUCGGGCAUUCGGAGCGGAGAAAACAAGGCAAUAGCCGUCGGGUGCAUCAAUAUGUUUUGAAACAAGUAGAAUCUUUAGAGAAUCUGUGGGGUCUCGACCCGUACUCCGUACUUGGUCAAUCUUCCGAUUUUAAUCCAUCAUUAUUAGAUUAUUUCCCGGUGCC